UAAAAUAGAUUAAUACCACUGAGCAGCAUAUUCGAUCUAAAAAGACCUAAUAUGUUUUGCUUUCAUAUGCAAACUAACAACAAAUUAUUUUCAUGACUCGGUGAGAGCUGGCAUAUACUGAAUAUAUUAGCUGCCCAUAAAAUGAAUUUGCCAAAUAUCCGUGUCCCUCUGGAACCAAAUGCUAGAAUUACAAUGUCCAUAUGAAAAAGUACGCUGGAGUCGCGUUACAUUCCAAAAUAACUCGUCAGAUACACGACACCAGAGACUUCUCGUCACAAACAUCAAUCCAGCAAACCUUUGGUGCCCGCCAUCCAUUACUAAUAAAAUAAUUAAUUCGAAAACAUAUUUAAAUUGUUUUCACAGAUUUUCUUUAUGUUUCCCUUAUGUUAAAAGCUAUUUGCAAAUUUGCACAAAUAUUUUAUUUGAUGAUUCCGUGUUAGUUUAGAAAAUGACGUAAAUGCAGUAUUCACGUGUCGUCUAUGCAUUUUCAUGCAAACAAGUGAUGGUGAAAUGAAACUACAGUCUAUCAAAAGGGCAGUGGUUUCCCUACAAAACUUUUUGUUAAUAACAAAAACAUGUCACUGUAGCUAUAGCUAGAUUUCCCCUUAUUUUGAGAUUAUAAUAGAGCACAGCAGUGUCUGUUUUUGGAGUGUGUUGCGCGCACUCCUUCCCCCGAGGUGCAUGACAUCCAAGUGCCACUCUAUAUCCAAGAGGCAGGGUCAGUUUCUGCUACACAACUUCUCUCCACACUUGCCCGUAUGAUUCCCCAGGAGGAUGCGCUAGCCGUCCUUACACACUAGCGAGUCUGUAAGAGAUAUGAUAACCAGAGGGCGGGCUGAUAGCUAAGGACAGUCGAGGAAAAAGAAUCUAUUGCGCACGAGGAGAGCGCGUAAGAAUGAAAUGAUUAGCGCGUCAUGAUAUUGCAACUAAUGUGAUUGAGCGAUGCAAGACGCUGACUCAAACUGUUAGUUUUUCUUGUUUUUUUGUUUUGUUUUUUUUACUUUGGACUUUUUUCAUGGAAAAUGUACAUCAAGAAUUGAAAUUCUGCAGUUGGGGGAGCUUCAUUGCUUGAGUUUCCAAAGUGGAUAUCGUCUUAAGAGUGGGUGAGAUACGCACAGGACAUCAAGUAUCCCAUUGCGCUCAACUAUGUCUAUGCCACCAACUUUUGGAUUUACCCAAGAGCAGGUUGCCUGCGUUUGCGAGGUCCUUCAGCAAGGUGGGAGUAUCGAACGUCUCGGACGCUUUCUGUGGUCCUUACCUGCUUGUGAGCACCUCCACAAAAACGAGAGCGUAUUGAAAGCGAAAGCCGUGGUUGCUUUCCACCGGGGCAACUUCAGGGAGCUCUACAAAGUAUUAGAGAGCCACCAGUUUUCUCCGCACAACCACCCUAAACUGCAACAGCUCUGGCUGAAAGCGCACUACAUCGAAGCGGAGAAAUUGCGCGGUCGUCCUCUGGGCGCAGUGGGAAAGUACCGCGUGCGCAGAAAGUUCCCGCUGCCUCGAACCAUUUGGGAUGGAGAGGAGACCAGCUACUGUUUUAAAGAGAAGAGCCGGUGUGUGCUUAAAGAGUGGUACACUCACAACCCGUAUCCUUCCCCGAGAGAGAAGAGAGAACUGGCCGAGGCCACGGGCCUCACCACGACGCAGGUCAGCAACUGGUUCAAAAACAGAAGGCAGAGGGAUCGUGCCGCAGAAGCAAAGGAAAGGGAAAACGAUGGAGCAAAUCCAAGCGGCCACAACCCACUGACCUCUCACGUGAACGAAAACAAAUCUCUAUGUGAAAGUUCGGAGGAUGAUAAAUCUCCCGCGGCGACUCCGGAUCACACCUCCAUGAGCCCGGCCAUCCUCAUGCCCUCCAGUUCAGGUCUGCCACCCCUGCACAGCUUUGCGCCUCCGCCCGGCCCCAGCGCCUCCAUCAUCCCCGUCAGCGGCUCAGACUCUCAGGGCCACCACCACUUCUCCAUGCACGACGGCCUCCUCAACCCCAUGACGGCCAGCCUGGUGGAACUUGGAUCAUAAGGAAUAAAGAACAUCUUCUUUGACUUUCUCAGCAAUUAUAGCUUCGUUAUCAUAUACCAAACAUUUUAUUAGUCAAGAGUAGAGGACAUUAGCCAAAAAAUGCCGGGCCUACGUGAAGAACGAUGUUUCCAUCAGAAAUUACUGUAACAAUUUAAUGUAAUCAAGGGAUAGUUUUUGAUAUGUCUAGCUAUAAAAUGAACUAAUAAAAUAUAUAUUUAAUAAAGUCAAAA